UUCGCCCUCCUUCUCGUCAAUGAAAUUCGGCUCUAUUGAGCAGUCUUCCGUCCCGGAUGCGGUUCUCUCAUUGCAAGAGCCGAGCACACGGUUUCACCGGAACUUCGAGCAGCAGGACACCCCCUCCCGCAUGCUGCCGCCCCCGAUCUCCCAUUGGCUGUCGGCUUUCUCCCUUCGGAAUUUAAACCGUGUCAGCUGUCUGGUUCGCCCUUCACCUCUGCCCGCCCCCCGGAACUCUCAUACCCGUUCUGGAAUGGAACUCAAAGCGGUAGUCUCCGCCCUCGAGAAGCUGGCCCCUCCCUCGCUGGCAGAGAGCUGGGACAACGUGGGGCUGCUGGUGGAGCCGAGCCCCCCCUUCGCUGUGAGGUCCGUGCUGCUGACCAACGACCUGACGGAGGCAGUCCUAGAGGAAGCUUUGGCUAAGAAGGUGGAUUUCAUCGUCUCUUACCACCCUCCGAUAUUCAGAGCCCUGAAAAGACUCACGGGUGGCUGGAAAGAACGAGUGAUAGUGAAGGCCGUUGAAGGAAGGGUAGCGCUUUACUCUCCCCACACUGCCUGUGAUUGCGUGAGCGGGGGGGUCAAUGACUGGCUGGCCAAAGCGAUCGGCCCUGCCUCCGUGUCUCCGCUCUCUCACUCCUUGUCAGCUCAGUUCCCCGGUGCAUGGGCUCACCGGGUGGAGUUCAGCGUAGGCAGUGAGGCGGAUCUGGGUUCGAUUCUUGCAGAGUUGAACUCUUUACAGGGAGUGGAUGUCCACUACCACACUGCCAGGUCCGGUGCUGGAGAGCAGACCCGAGUGUCUGUGAACUGCAUGGCGCCAGCUCUGACCCGAACCAUGAAGCUGCUGGCUAGGGAGAGCGCCAUCUACAGGACUGUCCAAGUACUGCAGUUAAACAAGCCCCCUGUACCAGAUGCAGGGCCCGGGCGCAUUUGCACUCUAAGUGACCCGGUAACCAUAGCGACGGCUGUACAGCGAAUCAAAACGCACCUGAGACUGAGUCAUGUCCGGCUGGCCCUCGGAGCCCGCUGCACUCUGGACUCGCUGGUGUUAUCGGUGGCAGUCUGCGCUGGCUCGGGCAGUUCUGUAUUAAACGGUGUGCCAGCAGAUCUCUUUCUUACAGGUGAGAUGUCUCAUCACGACGUACUGGACGCUGUUGCUGUGGGAACGAGCGUGGUGCUGUGUGACCAUAGCAACUCGGAGCGGGGCUUCCUGUCCGAACUGAAGGAGGCGCUGACUGGCCAGCUGGAGGGCAAGGUCAAAGUUCAGCUGUCCGAGACCGACAGAGACCCACUGGAGAUCGUGUGAAAGCCGGACAAAGACAUCUCUCACACACACUGAUGAAAGCACUUAGCAAAAAUGUUUGAUUGAAAAGUAACUCUUGAAA